GUAGAAAGAUGGAUGGAAACAACUAAAAACAACCAAACAUCAAACGAACAAUGGGAAACAGUAGAACAAAUAAUGAGAAAGAUAGGAAUAAUGGACCUAUUCAUAGAAAAAGCAAGAGAAAAGAAAAAGGUGCCAGUAGAAACGGUAAUAGAAGCAGUACAAACAAGCCUGCAGAAAGCAGAAGAGAUAAGACAAGAAGAAGAGAGAGCAAAAGAAAACGAGGAAUCAGAGCAAAAGAAGAAAGCCGAAGAAGAAGAGAAACUACAGAAAAUGAAGGAAGAAAUAAUAAAAGAGCACAUAGAGAAAAGAACAAGAGAAAGAGACGAACAAAAGAUGAAAGAAAUGAUGAAAUGGUAUGAUGAAGCAAUGCUCAAGAAAAAGUACCAAAUGGAAAGGAAGUCAAUACAGUGCACCGCGUGCAGGAGAUAUGGCCACAGCAAGGAAGAUUGCAGAAGACCGAUGGAAAAUGGGAAAUACAAAGGCUAUGGAAACAGGAACAGCGAAACCCAGGAGAAAGACUUAAAUAAAAGAGACUUCUACUUGCCUUUAAAUUGUGUAGUAAAGAAACAGAAACUAAACCCGAUCAAACAAGAAAAGAUGGGAAAUGAGAAAGAAAAGAGGAAAGAAAAACACACACCACAAGAAGAACCACAAGAAGAACCCAAAAGAAGGAAAGCCGAAGAAAAUCCAACAACCAGCAGUAAACGACGACAUAAAAGGUUGGGAGGAUCAGAGGAAAAUGAAAAAAUGUGGGAUAAAAUAAUAAAAGGGAAAACGCACCAACAACUAAGAGAGCAACUAGCAAAAGAAAGCGAAGAAAUAAGAAAAAGGAAACAAGAAGACGAAGAGUGGUACACGGCAGAUGAAGAAUACGAACAAGAAUUCGAAAGACUAAGAAACAAUGAACAAGAACUAGAGUUCAGAGCAAAAGAAGAGGAAAAAGAACUAAUUGAAAGAACAAAGGAUGAACAGGAAAAACUAAAAGAAAUAAUGAGACUGUACCCAGAAGAAAUAAAAACCCUAGAAGAAAUAGACAGAAUAGAAUACACAAAACAUACACAAGCUAUAAUAGAAACAAAAGGGAAUGAGCCGACACAAGGAGGAACAAACAGAAUACCACAAGCUCUACAGGAAGGAGCAACAAAACUCCUAAAGUUGUACGAAAAGACGGGAGUGAUAAGAGAAAGCACGUCGGAAUGGAGAAACAGGGUAUUUGUGAAAAGUGAACAAACACCAGACGGAAAAACAAAACUAAGACUGCUAUCAGAUAUGACACUACUGAACGACAUAACACGAAGGAUGAACUACGAAAUCCCAGACAUGAAAGAAAUACUCGAAAAGAUGCAAGGAUCCAAAUACUUCUCAAUAAUAGACCUAAAAGACGGGUACUUCCAAAUAAAACUAAGAGAAGAGGACAGGCACAAAACAGCAUUUAGAAUAAUGGGAAGAACAUACGAAUACUGCAGCAUGCCCAUGGGAUACAUGAACGCGCCAAUGAUAUUCCAGAAAAUGAUGGAUGAAAUACUAGGAGAACUGAUAAAAACAAACAAGGUAGCAGUAUACAUGGACGACAUAGUAAUAUACACAAAGACAGAAAAAGAACACAUGGAAACAGUAAAGAAAGUAAUGGACAAGCUAAAGGAAAACAACUUAAGAAUAAACAUAAAGAAAACAAGACUAGAGAGAAGCGAAGUAAAACUGCUCGGACUAAAAGUGAAUGGAUCCAAUAGAAAACCAAUAGAAAUGAAAAGAAACGAAGCACUGAGAUUCCCUAAACCAGAGACAGCCAAAGAGAUGCACUCAUUCAUGGGGAAGAUGGGAUACUACAGAGACUUUAUACAAGGCUUCGCAAUACUGGAGAUGCCACUGAGAGGAUGCAUGGAAAAAGCAAUAGAAAGAAAAGAAAAUAUAGAAUGGACACAGACAGCAGAAGAUGCAUACGUGAUAAUGAGACAGCGCCUGAGAGAUGCAAAAGGAUUAAUACUACCGCACUACGAAAAGAAAUUUAUCUUAACAACAGACGCAUGCGACUACGGACUAGGAGCAGUGCUAGAACAAGAAACACACCUAGGAGAGAUACCAAUAACAUUCAUGAGCAAAGCGCUCACACAAACAGAAAGAGGAUACGGAAUAACAGAGAAAGAACUCUACGCCAUCGUGUGGUCUGUAGAAAAGUUACAGUACUACCUAAAAGGAAGGAAGUUCCAUGUAAGGACAGACCACAAAGCACUGCUGGAAAUAAGAAAAAAGAAAGACUUUGGAAAAAACAAUGGAAGAAUUACAAGAUGGUUGGAAAAACUAUCGGAAUUUGACUUCACAAUAGAAUACAAGCCAGGAAACAGGCUAAUACCCGCAGACGUGGCAAGCAGAAUAUACAAAGACAGACUGGAAAGAGAGAUUGAAAAGAAAAACAGGUCAAAGAGAGCGGAGAAAAGAGAGCAGACAAUAAUAAGAAAACAUACGAUUGAAGAAGACGGAAAACAGUACUGGCUGAUGGAACACGGAGAAAAAAGAGAAAUACCGGAGGAAGACAAAAGAAAAGGAAUACUAAGGAGAGCACAUGACGCAACCCUGCACAAAGGAACACAAAGAAUCAUACAGGAAGCAAGGAAACAGUACUACUGGAGAGGAAUGUGGGACGAAGCAGAAAGAAUAACAAAGCAGUGCGAAACAUGCAUAGUGAACAACAGAAAAAGAGCAGCAGGGUACAACUACGUUGAAACGACAAGAAAGCUAGAGCUGGUAGGACUGGACAUAAUGAAAGAGGAAAUAGAAGGCGUGUACAUACUGGUCAUGAUAGACUACUACACAAGAGCAGCAAAAAUGCACAUACUGAAGAACAGAACAACAGAAGAAAUCAAAGUAGGAAUAGGAAGAUUCAUAAACAACUACGGAACACCAGAAAAAAUAAUAACAGACAAUGCAAAAGAACUAACAAGCAGAGAAAUAGAAGAAUAUCUGAUAAACAAAGGGAUAGAACACGAAAGAAUAAGCGUAGAAGCCCAUACAAGCAAUGGAAGAGUCGAAAGACUGAUAAGAACAAUAAGGGAAGCAAUAGUCAAACUAGACAGAAGAAGAGAGUUCAAAGAAAGAAUGAAAGAAAUAGAAAUGAGCUACAACAGCACAUGGCACUCAGCAAUAAAGAUGACACCGAACAGAGCGUGGGAAAACGAGGAAGAGGCCAGCGAAAGGAACAAAAAAGACAGCAAAUACGGAAAAACAUUCAAACACCAGGAAAGAGAGAAAUUCUAUGAGGGAGAACAGAUAAAAAUAGCAAAACACGAAAACCUAAAAGAGAAGCAGAAGAGCCAGAAAGGAAGAUUCUAUGAUGACGGAGUAAUAAUGAAAGCAUGCGGAAAUGACGCAUACAUAGUGAAAAACGCAAAAGGACAACUAAAGAAAAAGACGUACAAGGAAAUAAAAGGAUUAAAAGAAUUAAGAAAAUCACUAGAAAUGAUAACCUCCUGCUAA